ACCACAACAUCAUGAAGACAUGGAAAUGGAUCAUGGGUCUUAUACAAAAAAUAUUCAAAAACAUGUACCCUACAGUGUAGGUUACUAUGUUCAUUGUACCCAUGAUCCCAACCAAUCGUUUUAUAAGGCAUACCGUGGUGCUGAUUGUGUCAAGUGGUUUGUUCAUGAACUGGAACAAGUAGCGUACUCAUUAGAGCAAAAAAUAAAACACGUUAAACCAAUGUAUCCGCUCACCGUCGAACAAGAACUGGAUUUUAUGUCAGCAGAGAAGUGUCACAUUUGUGGUAAAGAUUUCGUAUCCAAUUCCAUACGUGUUCGCGACCAUUCACAUCGCACAGGUAUCUACCGUGGAGCAGCACACCAAUUUUGUAAUCUGCAUUAUCAAGAUUCAAGGGUGAUACCUGUUGUGAUGCACAACUUAAGUGGAUACGAUUCGCAUUUUAUUAUUGAAGCUCUGCUGACGGAAAUCGACGGUCAAGUUGAUGUGUUGCCCAUCAACAAAGAAAAGUACAUCAGUUUCACAAAGCACGUCUCGGACAUUCAAUUAAGAUUCAUUGAUUCCUUCCGAUUUCUCGCAGACAAGUUGGAAAAUCUGGCCUCAUAUUUAGAUAAUGAUAAAAAAUCCAUUUUACAUAAAGAGGUCAGUAAUGAUGAACAAUUUCAAUUGCUAACGAGAAAAGGUGUAUUUCCAUAUGAAUACAUGAGUAGCUGGGGACGUCUCCAAGAGACAAAAUUACCACCAAAGGAGGCGUUCUACAGUGUCUUAACAGAUGAACACAUAACGGAUGAGGAUUAUAACCAUGCGAUACAGAUGGACACCUACGAACGAAAUGUUAUGCAGACGCUAAACGUGGUACCUCAAGGUGGUAGCACUGAUAUGAUGAAGAAAGUGGAGAGAGCGUUGAGGCUCAUCAAGACGGUGGAGGAAGCUGAGCGAUGGAUGAUACUUAAUAAGCAGAACAUCCGCUUAUUCAAAAAGAUGUUGAUGUUAAAGAAAGAAAAUCCUCUGCGUCUUGAAGCUAAUAUUGGACUUUGUAAAUCAUACCAGCGGCAACUUCACCGACUGCGAUUAGAUUUAGUUAAGCAAGGUGGUGGUGUCACCAAAAAACAAAAUCGACAUCUAAUCUGGGAGACAAUUGAAACCCACCACCAGGGCAGGGUGAAGACUGGUAUGAUUACCAAUUUGGAUUAUAAAGAUCCAAAUAUAUUUUUCAACCGGGCAUUUCCAAUGUUUAGAAGACACGUUCGGCGUGAGCUAGUGAAUCAUCCCCUCAAGGUGUAUAUUAUGUUCACGGGCAAUUUCAUUAAGCCCACCACCAAAGAGGAGGAUUUGAAAACUUUUAUAACGUCGGCCAAGGAAAUGUAUCUGACAACGGACAUGCAGGAGUGGUACACUGAUCAUGCCAAAAACUAUUUGUUGAAAAAAUUGGAAGAAUUCCAGGAACGCGAUAGCGGUUGGGCUCUUGACAUGAUCAUAAAUAUUCGAGUCCACAUGAAUAAGUACUCUCCGAUCACAGCUGGAACAUUUUGUGAACUACCACCAGUCAUCAAAAAUAAAUUGGCUCAUUCAGUAAAUUGUGGUGAAAAAGAAGCGGUGCGGGUACGAAUGCCUGAAACUGAUGACGAGCGGUUCGUUGAGUUCAAAGAUUUCAACAGCAAGGAACGUGUUGAGUAUAUGGUGUACGCUGACUUUGAGGCACUAUUGGUACCACAACAUCAUGAAGACAUGGAAAUGGAUCAUAGGUCUUAUACAAAAAAUAUUCAAAAACAUGUACCCUACAGUGUAGGUUACUAUGUUCAUUGUACCCAUGAUCCCAACCAAUCGUUUUAUAAGGCAUACCGUGGUGCUGAUUGUGUCAAGUGGUUUGUUCAUGAACUGGAACAAGUAGCGUACUCAUUAGAGCAAAAAAUAAAACACGUUAAACCAAUGUAUCCGCUCACCGUCGAACAAGAACUGGAUUUUAUGUCAGCAGAGAAGUGUCACAUUUGUGAUAAAGAUUUCGUAUCCAAUUCCAUACGUGUUCGCGACCAUUCACAUCGCACAGGUAUCUACCGUGGAGCAGCACACCAAUUUUGUAAUCUGCAUUAUCAAGAUUCAAGGGUGAUACCUGUUGUGAUGCACAACUUAAGUGGAUACGAUUCGCAUUUUAUUAUUGAAGCUCUGCUGACGGAAAUCGACGGUCAAGUUGAUGUGUUGCCCAUCAACAAAGAAAAGUACAUCAGUUUCACAAAGCACGUCUCGGACAUUCAAUUAAGAUUCAUUGAUUCCUUCCGAUUUCUCGCAGACAAGUUGGAAAAUCUGGCCUCAUAUUUAGAUAAUGAUAAAAAAUCCAUUUUACAUAAAGAGGUCAGUAAUGAUGAACAAUUUCAAUUGCUAACGAGAAAAGGUGUAUUUCCAUAUGAAUACAUGAGUAGCUGGGGACGUCUCCAAGAGACAAAAUUACCACCAAAGGAGGCGUUCUACAGUGUGUUAACAGAUGAACACAUAACGGAUGAGGAUUAUAACCAUGCGAUACAGGUAUGGAACACAUUCAAUUUACAUACACUAGGUGAUUAUUCAGACCUGUAUAUGAAAACUGAUGUGUUACUACUUGCGGAUAUUUUUGAAAAUUUCCGUAACACUUGUAUUCAUAGCUAUAAUCUCGAUCCUAGUCACUAUUACACACUUCCUGGCUAUACGUGGAGCGCCAUGUUGAAAUACACCAAUAUCAAAUUGGAAUUGUUCACGGAUAUUGAUGACUUGUUGUUUAUCGAGAAAGGAAUCAGAGGCGGUGUAAGUCAAUGUUCUAAUCGCUAUGCUAAGGCAAACAAUAAGUACAUGGAAGAGGGGUAUGAUAAAACUCAAGAAGAUGUCUACCUUAUGUAUUAUGAUGUGGUGAACCUAUAUGGUGCAGCAAUGUGUGGAUACCUACCAACAGGAAAUUUUAAGUGGGUCGACACACCAAACAUCGAGGAUGUUGCAGAUGAUUCACCAGUCGGGUACAUUUUAGAAGUAGACCUUGAAAUACCCCAACAUCUACAUGAUAACUUUAGCGAUUUACCGCCAUGUCCGGAGACAACGAAACCACCUGGAUCAAAACAAAAAUAUCUUCUGUCAACCCUUUACAAUAAGACCAACUAUGUCGUGCACUACAGGAAUUUAAAACUGUAUACACAACUCGGUGUUAAGGUAACAAAAUACCACCGUGUGUUAAAAUUCGAUCAAUCUGCAUGGUUGAAACCAUAUAUUGAUUUCAAUACCGAGAUGCGCAAGAACGCCUCAAAUGAGUUUGAAAAAGCAUUAUUCAAACUCAUGAUUAAUGCUAUCUUCGUAGCGUACUCAUUAGAGCAAAAAAUAAAACACGUUAAACCAAUGUAUCCGCUCACCGUCGAACAAGAACUGGAUUUUAUGUCAGCAGAGAAGUGUCACAUUUGUGAUAAAGAUUUCGUAUCCAAUUCCAUACGUGUUCGCGACCAUUCACAUCGCACAGGUAUCUACCGUGGAGCAGCACACCAAUUUUGUAAUCUGCAUUAUCAAGAUUCAAGGGUGAUACCUGUUGUGAUGCACAACUUAAGUGGAUACGAUUCGCAUUUUAUUAUUGAAGCUCUGCUGACGGAAAUCGACGGUCAAGUUGAUGUGUUGCCCAUCAACAAAGAAAAGUACAUCAGUUUCACAAAGCACGUCUCGGACAUUCAAUUAAGAUUCAUUGAUUCCUUCCGAUUUCUCGCAGACAAGUUGGAAAAUCUGGCCUCAUAUUUAGAUAAUGAUAAAAAAUCCAUUUUACAUAAAGAGGUCAGUAAUGAUGAACAAUUUCAAUUGCUAACGAGAAAAGGUGUAUUUCCAUAUGAAUACAUGAGUAGCUGGGGACGUCUCCAAGAGACAAAAUUACCACCAAAGGAGGCGUUCUACAGUGUGUUAACAGAUGAACACAUAACGGAUGAGGAUUAUAACCAUGCGAUACAGGUAUGGAACACAUUCAAUUUACAUACACUAGGUGAUUAUUCAGACCUGUAUAUGAAAACUGAUGUGUUACUACUUGCGGAUAUUUUUGAAAAUUUCCGUAACACUUGUAUUCAUAGCUAUAAUCUCGAUCCUAGUCACUAUUACACACUUCCUGGCUAUACGUGGAGCGCCAUGUUGAAAUACACCAAUAUCAAAUUGGAAUUGUUCACGGAUAUUGAUGACUUGUUGUUUAUCGAGAAAGGAAUCAGAGGCGGUGUAAGUCAAUGUUCUAAUCGCUAUGCUAAGGCAAACAAUAAGUACAUGGAAGAGGGGUAUGAUAAAACUCAAGAAGAUGUCUACCUUAUGUAUUAUGAUGUGGUGAACCUAUAUGGUGCAGCAAUGUGUGGAUACCUACCAACAGGAAAUUUUAAGUGGGUCGACACACCAAACAUCGAGGAUGUUGCAGAUGAUUCACCAGUCGGGUACAUUUUAGAAGUAGACCUUGAAAUACCCCAACAUCUACAUGAUAACUUUAGCGAUUUACCGCCAUGUCCGGAGACAACGAAACCACCUGGAUCAAAACAAAAAUAUCUUCUGUCAACCCUUUACAAUAAGACCAACUAUGUCGUGCACUACAGGAAUUUAAAACUGUAUACACAACUCGGUGUUAAGGUAACAAAAUACCACCGUGUGUUAAAAUUCGAUCAAUCUGCAUGGUUGAAACCAUAUAUUGAUUUCAAUACCGAGAUGCGCAAGAACGCCUCAAAUGAGUUUGAAAAAGCAUUAUUCAAACUCAUGAUUAAUGCUAUCUUCGGUUUCCCGACAUUCACAAUUCGUCUUUGUUUUGCAUCGAAGCAAUUAUUUCCACCAUUACAUCGAAGUAUUGAUUCAUUAUGUGAUGUAUAUGAAUCUUGA